GCUGCUGUCAUGCUCUCGGAAAUUCCCGUCGAUCUCAAGGAGCAGCAUACACGACCACCCCUCGCCACCGUCCAGUGUCAAGUGCCUCGCCAGGUCGUCUGCUCUUGGUCUGCCAUCGGUUUAGCGUCGUUGGCUCGUGCGCAUGUCAAAAUAAAAAUAAAAAUCAGGGCUGCAUUGAAAUCCUCGGCUGGGACCUGCUUUGCCGUCCCGGUGAACUUCUCAGUUGUCGUCAACCAGGACCCAGGUAGCGUCACUCAAAGACGACGCCUGUCACUCGGCACACCUUGCAGCGCGGCGGAGGACGACGUGUAGACCACGUGACAAUCAGCAGGUUCGCAGCAAGAUGCCCCACAACCACCACGAUCACUACGAUGGCAAUUGCGGCCACGAGCAUGAUGACGACGACCACCUCAAGGUGGAGGGCGAACAGAACCUGCUGUUCAGCCGCAUCGACCGCGACGGCGUCGUGGCUAUGAACGAGCAGCGCCCUGGCAUGGGCGUCGAGAUCAUCAAGCCUUGGGCCGAACGGGACGACGAGACACGGUACCUCGAGUCCGACGCCGACGACCAGCUCAUCAUUCGCAUCCCCUUUGCGGGCCAGGUCAAGCUUCGCUCGCUCCUCCUCAAGGCCGGCCCCACCGACCAGACACCCUCGGCGCUGCACCUCUAUCCUAACAUCGAUAAUCUCGACUUUGAAGAUGCCUCGCAAGGGACGCAUCCAGCACCGGCUCAAAAGCUCGAGAGCAUCGCUGUUGCCAGAGAGGUCAUUGAGUAUCCCCUGCGCACAGCCAAGCUGUCGGCCGUCCGCAGCCUCACCAUCUUCGUGCCAGCAUCGCUGGGCAGUGACACAAGCCGCAUCUACUUUCUCGGCCUCCGUGGCGAGUGGCAGGACCUGAGGAGGGAGGGUCCCACGAACAUUGUCUAUGAAGCCGCACCACAGGCCAAGGACCACGUCAAGAUCCCUGGUACGGAGGCUGGCAAAAACAGCUUCGGUCCCGGCUAAUCGCAAGAAUCCUGUACAUCAACCUAAUCUCCCUCUUAAUGCCAUCAAACGUCUCGGCGGCGGUUAU